AGAGAGUUCGACUACAGCCUUUUUGAGCCCCAUAUAGUGCCCAGCACAAAGAACCUACACCAGCUGUUUUGCAAGCUGACGCUCAGGCACAUCAACAGGUGCCCAGAGCAGGUGCUGUCUCAUGUCCAGGGGAAGCGCUAUCGGAAGGCCCUAAAAACAUAUGAGGAGUGCCAGAAGGAAGGAGUGGAGUACAUCCCUGCCUGCCUGCGGCAGAAGCAGCAGCGGACGCAGCGCCCUGAUGACCAAAUGAAUAGGAGCAGGCAGCCUGACAGGAAAGAGGAAUUCUGGGAGCCGGAGUCCAGCAAUGAGGAUGGAGAGGAGACGGAUGAUAGCAUGAGUGACCUGUACCCACCAUGUUUAUUUCCGAACCCAGCAGCUCCACAGACCACAAAGGGCAGUGAUGACUUUGCAGCAGGCAGUGAGGAUGAUGGGACCAAGCAGAAUGGUGACAGCAACAGAGAGGAUGGUGGAAGAACAGAUGUCAGCAGAGCCGGUGGCACCAAACGGGGCAAGAAACAGUCAGGCCCUUUAAAGAAGAAAUUCAAGAGUCAUCAUGGAAACCCCAAGAACUUGAAGAAAGCAACCAAUGGCAAAUAA